AUGUCUGUUCGCGUCGAGGUCGACGACCAGGACCCACGCGUCCUAUACUCUGAUGGUUGGGGACAUCAGAGCGACGCGCCCUCUGCAUACGAUGACACUCUGUCCACCGCGAAUCGCGAAGGGAUGACCUUGACGCUGAAGUUCUCAGGAACACUUGUCGCAGUCGUGGGCUGCGGAGGAGACGUAGCGGCCUACGGAUACCCUUCCGUCUCCUUCCUCAUCGACGGGCAGAACUACGGGACUAGGGUCGACACUCCAUCACUCACGGGCUCGUAUUACAAUAUCACCUUCUUCGUCUCCCCGACUCUCCCGGACGGGGAACAUACACUCGUGAUCACCAACCUGAACGGAACGCAGCCGAACACGUUCUGGCUCGAUUGGUUCUGGUAUACAUCUUCGGCGGUCUCGAAUUCCACUUCCGGAAAAGCCUCCGCCGCCGCGCCGAGCACUACCACGUCCGGUUCAAUUUCAACAUCUUUACUGUCCAAUACGGCACUGCUCUCUCAACUACCAGCCCCUCCUGCAACAAAUACCCCUGUAAGCGCAAAUCUUACAGGGAACCACCAAAACCUCGGAGCCAUCAUCGGGGGCUCGAUAGGCGGAGUCGCAGCGCUUCUACUCGCCAUAUUAGGCGUCUGGUUCCUCAAGCGCAGGUCAGCUCGGAGCACCUGGGGGCCCCAGGCUACUGCGAGUAGACACGUUCCUCCAGAAGAAGCGCUGUUUGUGGGACACACACCCCAGUUCACUCUCCCCGUGCCGUCAACCCCUUCUGGCCCCUCGCCUUCGUUCCUAACCAACGGCAGUUUUAUCUCCUCUCCGGCGACAGCGUUAGCCCCCUCGCCGGAUAGCAGCCCCCCACAAGAGCGGAACAACCGUCUUUCACCCCUUCUGCCCGACUCGCACACGUCCGAUACCGCCGACGCAUCCGCCGAUACCCCCUCCGCAUUUGUCGACAAAUCGAAUCCAGCACGAACAGACAGUGCUGCUAUUUCGGGCCCGGAGAGGACGGUACGCAACAGCGUACGUUCUUGGGGCGGAGAGCUUGACGAGGCGGCUCCUCCGCCAUACGAACCCAGCUAG